ACGUUAAAUAUUGUUGUUUUUUGCAUUUAUUUUCAGUGAAAUCUGGCUUUCUGCACUGACUCUGGUUGAUCACCAUGAGACAAGCUAUGGAGGAUGGUGUCAGUGAGGUGCUGUCCAAUGUGGUCGAGGACGUUGGUCAGGCCAUGGACAGAAACAUCAGCGGAGCUCACAUCCUCCACGAGCUGCUGAGCGCACCGUGGCUGCGCGCGGUGCUGAAGAUGUAUGAGUGCCUGUUGCAGUUCCAGAGGUUGACACCAAGCCCCUUUCUGCCUUAUGCCUCAGGACUUUCACAUGAGAUCAUAUCUGGGAUACAGAAGGUCCACCGUCCCUCAGCUGAAGCUCGAGAGCUCUACAGCCUCCUCAGCUCACCUCACAUCCAGGCCCUCCUAUCAUCUCACGACAGUGUAGCUCAGUCAGACUACGGACCUGUGUUACCCCCGCUGCCUGAUGAGAUGCCUGAGGAUGAGGAGGCCAUGAGGAUCGUCUGUCUGGUGAAGAACAACCAGCCGCUGGGGGCGACUAUAAGGAGGGACGAGGAGACUGGAGAAAUCUACAUUGCCAGAGUGAUUCAUGGAGGACUGGCUGACCGCAGCGGACUUCUUCAUCCUGGUGACAUGUUAGUCGAGGUAAACGGGAACCCUGUGGUGGGACUGGAGCCGGAGCAGGUCAUCCAGAUACUGAUUAACUCUCGUGGAACCAUCCUGUUUAAAGUCAUUCCAAACGCAGCUCAGAGCAGCAGCAGCCACAAAUCGGUGUACAUGAAGGCGAUGGUGGACUACUGCCCCCUGCAGGACUCCUCCAUCCCGUGUGCCAAUGCAGGGAUGGCAUUCAGCAGAGGAGACCUGCUGGAGGUGGUUGAUCAGUCAGACGCUCAGUGGUGGCAGGCCAGGAAGAUGCCCUGUUCUGUUUCCUGUGCCGGUCUGAUCCCCUCCGCCAGCAUGCUGAAGAGUAAACAGAGGGAACAGUGGUGGUGUCAGCCGUUACAGGUUCAUACCUGCAUCAGACCCUUGACUCUGCCCGAUGAUGAGGACGACCGAGCACAUCCUGACGACAGACUCGUCCUCACAGAUGAGACUGAAUGUGACAUCAGUGAUGGGAUCUACCUAGCUGGUUUCCGGCGGAGUUUCCGGCUGUGGAGGAGGACGUCUUUCAGGAGGAGGCGACAGUCCUGCACCUCCUGCUCGCCAAACAGCAGCGCUCUGUCCACGCCGUACGAGGAGGUGGCUCUGUACCAGCGCCCCCCGCAGGAGAACCACCGCCUCAUCAUCCUCAUUGGAGCUUCGGGGGUCGGAGUCUCUGAAGUGAGGAUGAGACUCAUCAAACACAACCCAACGCAAUUCCAGGGACCCAUUCCUCACACGACUCGUCCAAUCAGAGCAGGGGAGCAACCAGGAAGAGAUUACCACUUUGUCACCAAAGAGCUGUUUGAGUGCAUGGUCUGUAACAACAGGUUGGUAGAGUACGGCGAGUUUAGGGGUCACCUGUACGGGACCAGCACUGAUGCUAUCGAUGACGUGCUGAGAAGAGGACGGAUGUGCAUCAUCGAUGUUGAACCACACAGCAUUCCGGCGCUGAGGACGAGGAAAUUGAAGCCUUACGUGGUCUUCAUCAAACCUCCGAGUCCGGACAGACUGAGACAAACCCGCAGAAACGCCCGACUCAUCACCAACAUCACCGCCAACAGAGCCUUCACUGAGGAGGACUUUGUGGAUCUGGAGGACUCGUCCCGGCUGAUUGAAGCGAAGUACAAACAGUUCUUUGACGGCGUGCUGGUGAACGAAGUCCUGCAGGACACCUGCAUGCAGCUCUGCUCCAUCAUCCAGGAGGCGCAGGAGGAGCCACAGUGGAUACCUGUCAGCUGGAGCCGGGCCGAGGAGUAGACGAGAGGAGGAGACAAGGAGAGGAGGAGACGAGAGGAGGAGACAAGGAGAGGAGGAGACGAGAGGGGAAGAGGAGGAGACGAGACGAGGAGACGAGAGGGGAAGAGGAGGAGACGAGGAGAGGAGAGGGAAGAAGACAAAGUUAUGAGAUGAAGAGAGCGAUGAGGGUGGAGAGGGGGCGACACAGAGAGAGAGAAAGAUUGAGAAGUGUUCGUUAAAAGAGGAAAGAAUGAUUAACUGCAGAUCAUAACAUUAUCUGUUUACUUCCGCUCUACAGGCAGGAACUGAAAUGUCACAAGCCACAACGCUACAGCGCCCCACAAUGGUUAGAGGACGCCAUUACUCACCUCCAGGGCUCCCUGGCAGGCACUGACUGGGACAUUUUUGAUUCAUUUUCACUGACUCGGGAAUCUUGAAUGACAGGGUCUCUGUCAUCACGGAUUACAUACAUUUCUGCAUUAACAGCAGCAUUCCUGUAAAAACAAUUUAAAAAGUAUCCCAACUCCAAACCAUGGAUAACUCCCCAACUAAGACAGAGCCUAAAGGAAAAGAGCUAGGCCUUUAGGCUCAAGGACUGGGAACGCC